GAACGUCUCCGUUUUUUUCUUCCUCCGGCGUAAAGGAUUAAAAUGGCCCAAUAUUAGUGUGAACAAUGCCCGGUGAAUUCUCACGUGGCCACCGUAUAUUGCACUACUGAGAGUCGAUAUGUCUGCGGGAUGUGUGGCCUAAAUUGCUUGAGACAGAAGCACUCAGUUCAUCAAAUUGUUGAACAACCCGUGGUUCAUCAAGGGCAAGAGGAGCAAAACGUGGGAGGAAGACCACUACCACGAGCUGAGAUUCAGAGGCAGAACAGAAGACUCGCUGCUAUCAGGCUAGACCUUAAGAGACCCAUACGCAAGAAGACUGCCCCAAAAAUCAAAGUAGCAGCUAAACUAAGGGAAAAAUAUGCGAAAGAGAGAUUUGCAAGAAAAGAUGAUCCAAAAGAUGAUGGUGCAAGUGGCGCAGCCGCAGUAAACUAGUUAUUUCACAAAAGAAGAAAGAAUAAGUCUGCAACG